AUGGGUGGACAAGAUUCGAUCAAGAGCGCCCCUUAUGAGCAGCGCGAGGCAAUGUCUCCGUUCCCUAGCAAACAGGGAACGGUGACUCGGGAGCCUUAUGGACCAGCAGGUUUCCGCGGCCUCUUCUCCAACCCUUACGUUGCCAUGUGUGCAGCCUUUGCUACGAUUGGAGGUCUUCUCUUUGGAUACGAUCAGGGUGUUAUUUCCGUAACGCUCGUCAUGGAUCAAUUCCUCGACCGGUUUCCGCGUGUCUCGAGUGAAGCUUCAGGAGCUGGUUUCUGGAAGGGCCUGAUGACUGCUAUGCUGGAACUGGGCGCACUGAUCGGUGCCCUUUUUGCCGGCUGGAUUGCAGACAAACUUUCCAGGAAGUAUUCCAUCGUCGUCGCAGUCGUCAUCUUCACGAUCGGAAGCAUUCUACAAACAGCAGCAAUGAACUACGCCAUGUUGACUGUCGGACGUUUGAUCGGAGGAUGGGGAAUUGGAGCUCUUGCAACUAUCGCCCCACUCUACAUCUCUGAGAUUGCGCCACCCGAGAUCCGCGGUGCUCUUCUCGUCUUGCAGGAGUUCAGCAUCGUCCUCGGCAUCGUGAUCGCCUUUUGGACAACCUAUGGUACACGCUUCAUGGCCGGCGAAUGGUCAUGGCGUCUCCCGUUCCUUAUCCAGAUGAUUCCUGGUCUUAUUCUGGGUGCUGGCAUUGUUUUCCUGCCUUUCUCUCCAAGAUGGCUCGCCAGCAAAGGCCGCGACGACGAAGCCCUAGUCGUGCUGGGCAAGCUCCGCAAGCUUCCCACUGACGAUCCACGCAUCUUCCAAGAAUGGUGCGAAAUCCGCGCAGAAGUUACCUUCAACCACGAAGUGAGCGUUGAGAGGCACCCUGAGUUACAGGCCAAAACUCGCACGAACGAGUUCAAGCUUGAGGUUCAGUCUUGGCUCGACUGCUUUAGACAUGGAUGCUGGAAGCGCACUGUCGUCGGAGUUGGCAUCAUGUUCUUCCAGCAGUUUGUUGGUAUCAAUGCGUUGAUCUACUAUUCGCCCUCUCUUUUCGAAACACUAGGCCAGGACUACGAGAUGCAGCUUCUACUUUCCGGCAUCAUCAACUGCACGCAGCUCGUUGGUGUCGCAACAAGUCUAUGGACCAUGGAUCGCUUCGGGCGCCGGCCACUACUCCUCACCGGUGCUGCUCUCAUGUUUAUCUGCCAUCUCAUCAUCGCUGUCUUGGUUGGCAAGUUUGGUGGACGAUGGCUGGACUUUGCAGUGGAAGGCUGGGUUGCCGUUGCCUUCCUAUUCUUCUACAUGUUCAGCUUCGGUGCUACUUGGGGACCCGUCCCGUGGGCUAUGCCUUCGGAGAUCUUCCCAUCUUCCUUGCGAGCAAAGGGCGUUGCACUCUCAACGUGCUCCAACUGGUUCAACAACUUCAUCAUCGGGUUGAUUACUCCUCCUCUUGUUCAAAACACCGGCUACGGAGCCUACACCUUCUUCGCCGUCUUUUGUGGACUCGCCUUUGUUUUCACAUUCUUCGUAGUCCCGGAGACAUCUGGCAAGACUUUGGAGGAGAUGGACCAGGUUUUCAAGGAUGUCAGCAGUGAGGCGGAAGAGCAACAGAAGGCGCGCAUCAUGUGCGACAUCAUCGCAGGCAAACAAAACGAGACUGUCACCGCAACCGCAGUCCCUUGA